GUGAGGUCCAUCUGAAGGGGCUAGACUGGGCUGGGUUGAAGUGCAUGCCACAGCACCCCAUGUGGGAUCUGCAGCGCCACUGUCCUGGCCCCACCACACACUUUCCUUCGUGGACGAUGGAGGGAGAGCCAUUCACCUCUGCUCUCCCCUCUGUGUUGUACUCUGCCGGGGGGCAUUUCAUUGCCCUCUCCUCCUCGUCUUCCUCCUCAUCCUCGACAGAUUCAGCCUUUGCUGCCGUGUCUUUGGAGCAAAAGACAACUUUUGCCUUGGUCGUAUUCCUCUUAGUUUUUCUCCUCAUCCUCAUACUGCGAUGCUUCCGUAUCCUGCUGGAUCCCUACCGGAGUAUGCCAACUUCCACCUGGGCUGAUGGCCUUGAUGGUCUGGAGAAGGGCCAGUUUGACUAUACUUUGACUUAGGGUUACAAAAUACACACAUCCAAGCACACUAGCAUAUGUUGAUGUAUAAAAACAAAAACACAAAGCCAGCCUGUCCUUGUACUGUUCUGUUUUGCUCUGCUGUUUUGUUUUUGUUUUAUUCUUACAUGCACAAAUAAACUAAAUGAGAACCAGUUCAGAAUUUAUUUGCAAUUUGAAGGUUUUUCACUACAGUGUAUCAACUGGUAGCUAGAGCCAUGUAUGCAGCAUUUGUCCACAUUACUAAUUAAAUAUGCAAUCUCAAAACUU